GUUUACUUAUUUUUAGAUUUUAAACAUGGCGGCACGAAGGAGGAGCUGCUCGCUGAAGAUCCUAGUUUUAAUUUGCGUUUUUGUUGGUUCCUGUUGCGGAGAAUCUAGUGACAUUGAACGUGAUGUUUUAGCUUCGAACACUCAUCGAAUAGACAGCUUAAAUUUGUUGCUUUACACGUUUCUCCUUAUUUUAACCGUCCUCACAGUUUGGCUGUUCAAGCACAGAAGAUUGCGUUUCCUUCACGAAACUGGUCUCGCUGUUAUUUAUGGCCUCAUCAUUGGAGCCAUCAUCCGAUACGCGGGUGGCGAUGUCGGGAGACAACUUGUGCACGAGAUGGUUGUGCCCGAGAAGGGCUCUACUUACAACGAGUCUCUUCCCCCUGACUUCCUCCUCCUUAAAUUCCCCACAAAGAAUGUUGGAAACAAGACCUACUCCUACACUUUCAGAGGCGAAAUCAAGGACAUUGAAGAGAAUGAGAUUGACUUGAAGGCAACGUUCGAUCCUGAAAUCUUCUUCAACAUCAUCCUGCCACCAAUCAUUUUCCACGCGGGCUACAGUCUCAAAAGAAGAUAUUUCUUCCGCAAUCUUGGUGCAAUUCUAACAUACGCAAUGUUAGGAACCACAAUCUCCUCCUUUGUCAUUGGAGCUGUGAUGUAUGGUGCGGUUCAGCUGAUGCCAAGCAGCAGCAGCUUCACUUUCCUGGACCUGCUGUACUUCGGCUCGAUCAUCUCGGCCACAGACCCAGUCACAGUGCUGGCCAUCUUCAACGACCUACACGUCGACGUUAAUUUGUACGCACUUGUUUUCGGAGAAAGUGUUUUGAACGACGCCGUGGCCAUGGUUCUUAGCGGAGCCAUUCAAAAUUACUCCAAACACUCUGGAUCUGGAACGUUCGAGUUCAAUGCUUUAAUGAAGGCAGUUGGAAAUUUCUUCAGUUACUUCUCACUCUCCCUCUUCCUCGGUGCUGUUAUGGGCUGCAUCACAGCACUGUUGACCAAGUUUACCAGAGUCAGAGACUUCCCCCUGCUUGAAUCAGCACUCUUCCUUCUCAUGUCGUACAGUACCUUUUUGAUGGCAGAAGCAGCCGAGCUUACAGGCAUUGUCGCUGUUCUUUUCUGCGGCAUGUGUCAGGCCCACUACACGUACAAUAAUCUCUCGGUCGACUCGAGAAAGAGAACGAAAAAGCUCUUUGAGCUUCUCAACUUCCUCGCGGAAAACUUUAUUUUCUGCUACAUUGGAGUGUCGAUGUUCACCUUCCCCAAGCACCAUUUCGACGUAGGAUUCAUCGUGGCCGCAUUUUUCUGUGCAUUUUUGGGUCGCGCAGCCAACAUUUACCCCUUGUCAUUCCUCCUGAAUCUGGGAAGAAAACCAAAAAUCUCGUACAACUUCCAGCACAUGCUGUUCUUCUCGGGCUUGCGAGGUGCGAUGGCAUUUGCCUUGGCUAUCCGAAACACCGUUUCUGAAGCUCGCCAAUCGAUGCUCACUGCUACGUCGUUGGUGGUGAUUGUUACUGUGAUUAUUUUUGGUGGCUCCACCAUGCAACUCCUCACUUGGUUCAACAUCCCUGUUGGGGUAGAGGAAGAAGUCGAGAUGCUGCAGUACAGUGGAGUCCGAAGUGUUUAUGACUCUACUGAACAAACUGCCCCUGGUGGGGCCUUGGGACAAAGUGCAGAGAGCAGACGAAGAGCGAGUGAUGCUGCUGGAUCGAGCAACGCUGAAGGGACCAAGCCUAACGAGAAGGCGUGGAUGGCUAAGAUCUGGGCAGACUUUGAUGUCAAGUACAUGAAGCCUUUCCUCACACACGCCAGGCCCACAUUGCUGGACACCCUGCCCGUUUGUUGCAACCCUCUCGCAAGAAUACUCACCACCACGGAACAACUGACUCAGGAGCCUCGCACUCCCAGACACCGGAGUGAUUCAGAUUCAGACAUGUGCUUAGACGACAGUGAGAUGGGCUACGGGAACAACGUGGGGGGCGUUGAGAGCCGACAGCCACGGACAAUACCAACCAGAAACUAUGCUGAACUGUUUUCAAUUGACUAAGAAGUUCGGUGCAGUAGAAGCUAACUCAUUCAAGACUCUUUUAACACUGUAGCUCAUGCUUAACUAUAUACUCGUAAGUUCUCACGUGGAAUUGUGCUUUGUCUGUGUUUAACGUCUGCUUUCGCUCUAUCACAAAACUAUCUGGUGGAAGUAACCUUGACUUUCAAUUUUUGCUUGCAUGCCGCGCCAUCUGCAGCCUGAGGAUGCUCGAAGUCAGCUAAGCGUUGAGGGGCAAAAUUUCAUGUAAAUUUCUGCAUUUUCUCAUGUUCCGACAAUUGCCCUCACUACACACCUUGGCAUUACUGUCCUUGUCUUCUGUAAAAUCAGGUGGUUUCUUCUAUUCAAGCACACUUCUGCAUCAUUGUCAUUGUCCUCUGCUAAAGUUUCUGGUGAGCAUUUACUUACACGUACUAAGAUCUUGUGCUUUUUGCCUGCGCGACUGGUUACUUUGUGCACACAUUGCCAUUGACCUUAUUUCUGUGUGGGUCAUCAGGGUGUAUCGUCCAUUGCUACUGCUGAAAAUUGGCCUCAGGCUGUCCGCGUCAAGCUGCCAGGGCCGCCCGGAGCUGAAAUCUAGCUUUACUUUCGGGACAGGUUUGCGUUUCCAUGCGUGUACAAUUAAAACGAAGUUAUCAUCUCACUCGUCACAAUCGGAGCAGAAAUUCUCACGGUGAGAAGCAACAUGGGCUCUCAAAUUGAGAACGGCAAAUUUGAGUCCCACCGUGAGUAGCAGAAUAGGAUCUCGCAGUGAGAUCGAAGGUGAGAACCAAAAUGGUCGCUUGCUUCGGUCUCAACUGAGAGCGAGCGUUUGGAUCUUACAGUGAGAUCGAAGUGAGGAUCUCACGGUGAGAACCGAAAGUGGUCGGCCUUAUCGUUAUCACGGUUAGAACCAAACUCGCUUCUGUCUCAACUGAGAGCUAGCGUUAGGAUCUCCCAGUGAGAUCCGGUCUACUCUAUAGCUCACGGUGAGACUCAAAGUUGCGUUCUCAAUUUGAGAGCCGAAUUUUGCCUCUCACCGUGAGACACUUUUGGAUCUCACUGUGAGAUCCAAACGUUCGCUCUCAGUUGAGACCGAAGCAAGCAUUUUGGUUCUCACCGUGAGAUCUUCGCUUCGAUCUCACAGUGAGAUUCGGUUCUGCUACUCACGGUGAGACUCAAAAUUGCGUUCUCAAUUUGAGGGCCGCAUUUAUUUUGCUUCUCACCGUGAGAACUUUCAUCUCUGAGUGUUUUUGUGCAAACAACCAGGCACUGUACUGUCGUGCUAGGAGGAAAUUAAUAUAUAUUGUAUUAUUCCUUCUGGGAUAAGCCUUUGUCGUUAAAUCUCAGUUGUAAUAUGUAUUAUUGGUGGAAUGUCACAAACAAAC